AUGAAUUGGCUUUCAUCCAAGAAGAUGGAAGUCCUGGAUUGGCCAGCCAACUCUCCGAUCCUCAACUCGGUCGAACACGUUUGGGGAUUACUUACUAGAGCUGUCUAUCGUCACGGCAAGCAGUUUCAAACAGUUGACGAGCUCAAGGAUGUUAUUUGGGACGAAUGCGGCCAGCUCUCGCCAACCAAUCUGGAGUCUCUGACGAAAAGCAUGCCGAACCGACUGUGCCAAGUGAUCCAAAAGUUUGGAGGAACAACUUCUUAUUAAUUAUUUCAUGUUUUAUGAACUUUUAAUAAGUUUCCUUUAUUAAUAAAACGUUUUAAAGCAAAAAUUGUUCGAAGAUUUCGAGUUUUGUCCGGAAGCACUUAACAUCUAUCAGAACAACACUAUAAUUUGUGUAUAAUUGGAUCGCUUUGUUGGAAACUCAAUAAAAACACAAAAGAAUAAUGAAACUUUAAUAAUACAACCGAAAAACCUGAAAAUUAUCUGAACAAAGCACAAAAAGUUGAAAAAUCCCUCUAUUUUUGGGGGGUGUCCUAUCAUUAUGACGCGCCCGAUUUUAAGACUUUUCAGUGCUGUAGCUUUAAUUUUUGAGGUAGGAAUCUAAAAAAUUGGUUUCGUAGGUUAUUUUGGAUGCUGAAUCGAAUGGCAUUCACAGUUUUUCUCGAAAAUGUUUAGUUCUCUCUAGGACGUCAUUUUAGGGGGGUGUCCUAUCUUUAUGACGCGCACUGUAUAACUGCAGACAAUGCAACCGGACUAAUCAUAUUAUAUGAGCAUCAUGUUCUUCUCGAUCAGCAAGUCUACUUUCCAAACGAUACCGUAAGACAGAGGACCACGGGAAUGCUGGUAUGCCUGAUUAAUCUCCUGUUCUCUACACAAUAUCUUAUGGUUUAGAUUUCGACGUUCCUAGAUUUUGAGCUCAGUAUUUAUCUAUUCGACGGUAAAAGUACAUUCAGCCAAACGUAAGUCAGAAACAUCAAACAGAGCUCAAUCCAUUAAAUGACUCAGGUAUGGGGCAGACACAAAAAUGCUUCACGGAAAAAUCAUUUCCGGAAUGGUGGCUACCGAGCUGAAGGUUAAUUCGACUUCAUUGACUCCUGGAACUCUGUAUUUACAGUAUUUUGCUUACAGUUCGUUUCUUUAUUAAAAAAAUUGGUAGAAGUAUGAAAAUGUCUACUUUCAGCCGGUGAUCUCCUUCCUACUGACGCAACCACGCCAACUACUCCUGCAAUCACCACACCGAUUACGAGUACCACAGCUGUUGCCACAACGACCAAAUCAUCUCAUGAACUAGCAUUUUCCAUCUUUUACGUGAUUUUUCAUGUUCUACGACGAUGAUAAAUGAUAAAUUAUCAUUACGUUUUUCUUCGAAUAAGUUUAACUGCCGUCACUUGGUUUUUGCGUACACUUUGUGCUGAUAUAAGAUGACAAUAACUGUGAAUGUACGUGUGUGAAAAGUAAACAAUCCGUCAGCAAAUAAGGACUGACGAUUGAGUUGCAAGAACAGCGAAAUUAUUGUUAUAAUUAGAAUAUAGCAAAUCCGUUCGAUGACCUAGAAUUGUGAAACUUCUUUUAAUUUUCAGUUCAAACUCUUGUUUGAGUCACCGAUACCCUCGUCAUUUUCAGGAGAGCCGGUAAACAAAAGAUUGCAGCGACAUCCUUAUCAGUGUCUUAUCAUGGUCAACCGAUAUUUAAGCAUGACUAUUCGACACAUUUUACACCGCAUUUUUUCAUGACUCGUCUAGACUUCUUCAUUGUCCCAGUGCUCUUGGGCUUAGUUGCUGCGGAUCCUCAUGUGUUUUAUCUCAGCAAAUACGCAUCUGGAGCAACUGUCUACUUCGAUAACAUAGAGGUCAGUAGUUUCAUGAUACUUGAUUUAUUAAAAUUAUAUCAUUCACAGGUCGGAGCACAGCUUUAUCUGGCUUCGAAUGACGAUCGUGCAGCUUUGCGGAACAUUUCCGUGACUACGGGAUCUACAACUACCACGCAAGUUAUCACUCGAUCGGCAAAUCUAUCUGUCUUUUCAGUCUUGAUAUUAUCAAUGAUUGGUACGAUAAUGGUUUGCCCAAGUACCUCAACAUUUCGGGAGGAUUGUCGCUCAAGACUGUCAACGAUGACACAACAACAAACGCGUUGACUGGAUAUCUUUAUGUCACUACACGACAACAAGCUGAUGGUAGCCUAAUAGUUCCUAUUCAAAAUAUCAUUUUCCUCAAAUUCAGAUCCAACUUUUGGCGUCUACGUGAUCAAUCAGAAACAGGCGAUCAGCAGAGACGGAAUGCGAACUACGUCCGUCGUUUUGAACGUUAAACUGGAAAAUGCGACCAGCUUUAACGAUCCAAGGAAAACUUCCUACGUAACCGACAUUCAGCAAUCGAGCGUCAGUUGGAUACUCUUCAUUUGUUCUUGAACCAGGAUACAUUUCAGAACACUAACUUGUACUUCUUUUAUGGGAUUCCGCCAGCAAACUACACCGCAGUGACCAUAACUCAGUUUUUCGAGAAUCCAAUUAACAUCAAGAACUAUGACGAAAACGGUAAUUAUUUGAACACGACUAGAAAGUAAGCUCCGACUGAACGUUUGCGCUAGGAACGCCAAAGCUUUCCAGAUUCUUCGACAAAGUUGAACCUCUUCAAAUAAGUCUCGAUUACUGGUACUUCAUGUCGAUGGGACCAAUCAACAUGGCUCUGGAGAGCAAGUAUGUUCAAAACUACGACUACACGGUCUCGUCUGUGGACGCAACUGGAGUCAUUGUCAACAACUUCAUUUUCAAUAAGCACGUUGUGAACUUCAAACAAGACCCAACCCAUGUCAGAACUACCGGAACUCUGGUGAGCGGUUGACCGGACAAUCAAAAAGGAAAAGUAAAAAUGUUCAGAUUUCAACUGCCUUGACAUCCGAUGUUAGUUUUGUCUUGGAAGGAGACACCGCCCUUUUUUCACAAACGUAAUUUUUUCGUUUACUUUCUAACCACAAGAUGUAAUCUUUCAGGUACGGCAACAAUACCGAAGUGCUUCAUGCUUUGGCUACCACGUAUUUCGAUCCGAAAAAGUUCACAAUCAACUCGACUAGCAUUAUCCCAGGAACAUUCUACUGCCAGUACUACGUUUUCAGUGGAGAUGCCCUCGAGAAUACUCCAGCUCCGAGUACGCCAUCGACGACUACACCGCGACAAACUAAUUCCACAAUUGUGUCGACGACAACUGUUGCCACGACGACAAGAUCGUCACAAACUAACUCUGUGAUCUCCGUUGUGUUCCUUUUCUGCAUUCUAUUCUACUGA